CACAUUUAGGUCGAGUUCCGGGUCCCGUUCACGUCUCGUCAAAAUGACGGAGCCCAUAGCACACACGCCCUCCCCUCAACCCGACCUUAAUCGAAACCGACUUCCUACCCUGUUCGAGGUCCUCAGCAGGCGGACGCUUCCGCCCGUUGAUCUGUUCUCUUUCUAUAUUUAUAUGAGAGACCAGCAGCGCUCUGUUGAUUACCUCGAUUUCUGGCUCGAUGUCGCCCAACACAUGUCACUAUGCCGUCACUAUGUUCGCGAAUUGCGACGUUCCGUUCUCGUUGGUACGCCUGAGCCCGACCGAAGCUCCAAACGAUCAUCCGCCAUUCUUGAGAGCAUGGGUGAUUUGAACCCUGUCGCAGGACCGUCAAUGUGGGCGUCAGAGAAGGAGAAGGAUCAAGAUGCGCAAAUGUCUGCCUUCCUGCGCGAGGAUCGAUCGAUCACGCAGGAAUCCCCGCAAAGCAGCACCGACCGCCGUGGUCGUCCGAGCAACCUGAGCAACCAGCGCGAACUCACUACCGACUCGAAUUCCCCAGCGCAUGCCGUAGCGCGCGACGAUAUCAGAGCCUCGGCCGAGAAGAUUCUUUACACCUUUCUCCUUCCAGGCGCAGAACGCGAGAUCACUCUUCCUGGUUCCAUCACUUCGGAUGUUACAACUGCUAUCGAGGAUUAUGGACGCGAUGACCCGGAGGUGUUUGACGUGGCUAAGGAUUAUGUGUUUCAGGCCAUGGAGAGGGACGCGUUCCCCGGCUUCCUUAGGAUGAAGGCCCUCGGAAACCUCAUCCCCCCCACAUUGAUGCUGCGCCUCAUGAUUGGUCUUGUGGCUAUGUUCGGUGGCUUCUGGACUGCCUUCACUUUGAUCUUCCUGAACGAAUCUCGCCAAACAAGGUGUUGGUACUCACUCGACCCCAUUCUCGCACUUGUCGGACUCAGUGAAUAUACCCCUUUCAACUUCUCCCGAGUUCGGGAGCCAUACGUCCGAAGACUCCUCGCUCAAAGAUCUAUGGUGGUUCUCGCCGUCACUGCCGUCGUAGACGCCGCGCUAUGCGUCUUGUUCAUUCUCGUACCGGGAAAACGACUAUGAUCUGGUACACACGAGAUCACGCGGUAAUGGGCGGUUUUCUUUUCGGCGUUUUGGUUUGCUUAAUUUAUUACCAUAAUACCCAUGGGAGCUAGGACGGCACGGAAAAUGGGACAAUUGGCUUCCCCUGUUCUCGACAAUGCCACGCCGUGUAAUUUUUUCUUUGUACUGACGACGACUAGUUACCACUCUUAAUCCAGGCGUGGAUGUCGAUAAUCUGGUUUCAAUUUUUUUUUCUAUUCAACUGUCUUCUCAACCUACCAAUUUUUUGUGUCAGUCUAAAGGAGGGCGGGGUCAUACAAGGCCAUAUGUCUUGUCCACUACCACCACGAUGGCGGAAGCUGACGCAGAGUGUCUCUUAUUUCGUAUUUUCCUCGAGACGGGAAAAAGUGAUAUUUCUACUUGGGGGCAAAAGCGGGUUUCUUGUUUGUUACCUCCACGAACGUUAUGAGACAAAUGAAGCUUGCUGUUUUCACAUCAGUCAGACCAAACACUCUCCUACGAGAGUAGAGUAGGGCGAGGUGAAGGAACGAACGGACGGACGACGAUGGACGGCGCAACCACUUCGGUUUGGUUUGGGCGUUAUGGUCGGACGGG